CAUAUUGGACACGUAUCGUGUACUAGGCAGACUGUACGUGGGCUAAAGCCUGUACUUACCGUAUACGAACGAUUACAGUAUUUUUAUUAAUUUGUCCAGGGACUUGUUGUCGAAUUGGAUACAUCAUGGCUGCACAAAUUGAUCGUGAGAACGACUUUUCUGAUCCAAGCAAAGUUACUAAUACUAUGGAGGAUAAACGUAUGCGUGCAAUGCUUCUGACAGGUUAUGGUGGUUAUGAUAAGUUAGUUAUGCAAGAACUGCCAAUUCCAAAGCCUGAAACGGGCCAGGUUCUUAUUCGAGUGAAGACAUCAGGCCUCAACUUCGCUGAGCUUCAUUGCCGACAAGGCUUGUAUACGCCUCAAAAUGGUUUUCCACCGCUACCAUUUUCAUUGGGCCUAGAAUGUGCUGGUGUUGUUGAACAAGUUGGCAGCGGUGUUGUCCAACCGAAACCUGGAACACGUGUGAUAUGCCUGAAUGACUUCGGCUUGUGGCAGGAGUUUGCUGUUGUCAGGGCCGAUAGAUGCUUCCCGAUUCCUGAAGGAAUGUCGUUUGAAGAAGCUGGAGCACUGGCUGUCAACUAUCUCACUGCUUACUUAAUGCUCUUCGACUUUGGAAAUCUACAGCAAGGCAAGAGUGUCCUUAUACAUAUGGCAGCUGGUGGUGUUGGCAUUGCUGCGACACAGUUGUGUAAAACGGUUCCCGAUGUGACUGUUUAUGGUACUGCUUCCGCACAUAAGCAUGAGAUAAUACGAGAGAAUGGAGUCACACAUCCGAUCGAUUACAGAAACAUGGACUAUGCAGUAGAGCUGCGCAAGAUUUCACCAAAAGGUGUGGAUAUUGUGCUUGACCCGUUGUCCGGAAAAGAUACAAUGAAGGGCUUUGAAUUGCUUCGUCCAAUGGGCAAGUUGAUUGUCUUUGGAGCAGCCAACAUGAUGAAAGGGGAGGCUCGAAGUGUGCUCAGUGUUGCGAAGACUUGGUGGAAUAGUCCAUCAUUCUCUGCUAUUGAUAUGAUGCAGAAGAACAAAUCAGUGUCUGGCUUUCAUCUUGGUUGGCUGGUUGAGGAAACUGAAUUGCUUACCAAUGCAAUGAAUGAGAUCAUAAGGUUGUACCAAGCUGGCAGAAUCAAACCAAAGAUUGAUUCUGUAUGGCAUUUUGAAAACAUUAAGGAUGCUAUGAAGCAGAUGCAAGAACGAAAAAAUGUGGGGAAGGUGAUCCUGUCCUGGGAUCCGAAAUUAGCUCCAUCACCCAAGAGUAAAGACUAAUUGAUAACCAGUGGAGAAAGCAAUAAAUGACCAUAGGCUUCCACUUGUAUCAAAAUGAUUAUCAUGUGAUGAUUCCCACCUGUAUACCAUGUGAAAAUAAUCACCUGUAUACCAUGAAAAGAUAACCACCAGUAUCAAAUGAGAA